UCGAUCUAUAUGCACUCAGCGGCAUAGAUCAUCUCAACACGCACGGCGUUGUCUCUAUACAUGCAACACAGCUUGUAUGAUGUCCUCGGCAUAAUGGAAUCUGCUUCAACUGAGGAAGUUCGUCGCGCGUACAAGCAGAAGGCUCUCGCCACGCAUCCCGAUAAGCUGAACCAGGACGCGUCGGAUUCAGAGAAACGAAAUGCCGAGGCACGGUUUCAUCAGAUACAGGAAGCGUUCGAGAUACUUAGCGAACCGAAGCAACGCCGCUUAUAUAACUACUCGCUGAGAUAUCUGCCUACGCGACCGCUUCCACGUCCUCCUCUCGCACGGGCAUGCAGCUCCGAACAAACGCGCAAAGAAAUCAUGGAGCAUCAGGCAAAGCUCGCCCAGACGCGCGUUGAAUGGCAGCAGAAGGUGCAGAGGCGAUCCGAAGAACGGUUGAAACUCACUCGGGCUCGAAACAUUGAGAGAUUGGCUCGGGAGGCGUCCUUGAAAUGGGAUGAUGCUGCGUUGUUGGGGGACGAGGAUGGAGGAGAACACUUUGAGCAAGGAAAGACGGCCGGCGUGCAGGAAAAUCUCUACGAAUGCCUUGUGAAUUCAUGCGUAGACGAUCUGCGAGCUCGUACGAAGCAUCAUUCAUCAAGGACGGCACGUUCUGAGAAUGCGUAACGCCCGACCUUCCUCGAUAUUUAUCGUUGGAUAUUUGGAUUCGUACGGAUUUCGGCUCACCUUGCUUCCUUGCAGAACGCUCCCCGGUUAAGUCUUAUUCGUAUCGAACUUUCACAUCUAUUGCUUCUUCCUUAUGGCUAUUGUAUUCUUGUGUAUACGCACAUCUAGCAUCAGCCGCCAGUGCAUUUAGGCGAUCAAUUGCGUUGUUGCC